AUGAUCUGGAAACUGAUCUCUGAACUAAACAGAACCAGAAAGCUGAACGGCAGUAUUCCAGUUUCAAAACUCAAGGCGUCAAAACAAUGGACAUCAAGUCUCAUCAACCCGAUUCCGAAGAAAGGCAACCCACAACUCAUGACCAAUUAUCGCGAAAUCAGCUUGAUGUCAAUGGCUGCCAAUGUUUUCAAUCGAAUAUUGCUGAAUCGAAUACCCAAUCAAGCAGUUUUUAGAGCAGGUCUGGGAUUAUGCGUCAAGACAGCAGAAGAAAGUGCCUAUAAGGUCGGCUUAGAGAUAAAUAUUGAAAAGGCUGUCCAGGUCAAACUAAACGACAAAUCAGCAUCAAACCCGUCAUCGACGCAAGCGAUAGUCGAAGAUUUCAAAUGCAGCGACCUGGAAAGUCAAUAUAGCAGCUGGCACAGGAUGUUGAACGGUAGACUCUGCUGUCCUUCACCAUGUACGACCCACGAAAUAGUGAGGAAGCUGCAUUGGAAAUGCGUAAAGGCUGUUCGAGAUUUAGAUCUUAGACAAACUAGUGGACAAACGCCUACAGUCAAACAUUCAAGACAGGAAAUCAAGCAUCAAAGACUGGCGUUAAACUGUGCCAAAUUUGUGAAGAAUGCUUGUGUUAAACGAUGGUUCUAG